UUUGCGCAGGUGCUGGAGUGGGCUCAGGAGAAGAGGACGCUCUGUGUCCUGCACAUCCACGGCGUUUACACCAACCCCAGCGGCAUCGUGCUCCACCCGGCCGGCUACCAGAACGUGCUGCGCAACACGGAGGUCAUGCGAGAGAUUCAGAAGCUGUAUGAGAAGAAGUCGUUCCUGUUCUUGGGUUGCGGUUGGACGGUGGACGACACGACGUUUCAGGCCCUGUUCUUAGAGGCGGUCAAGCACAAGUCGGACCUGGAGCACUUCAUGCUCGUCCGCAGGGGAGACGUGGACGAGUUCAAGAAGCUCCGGGAGAACAUGCUGGACAAAGGCAUUAAAGUCAUUUCCUACGGAGACAAAUACUCAGACUUGCCCGAGUACUUUGAGAGGCUGACGAGCGAGAUCGCCACACGGGGUCGAACGGGUGUGCCGAGGGAGGACCAGCAGCUCAACGGCCCCGACGAGAUAAAAGCAAAUAACGCCGAGGCCGCCAGGCAGGAGCCAGGCGGGGCGCUCACCGCCUUCCUUUUCCAGCUGCAAUGGGAUCACACCACCACAGCUCUCCAGCUCCUGCCCAAAUAUGCCACGUCUGGAGUCGCGCUGACGACCGAAACGGGGAAUUUUAAGGCAAUUUAG